CACGCUCAUCCAUUCAUCCCACUUCCACUUCACUAGCUCCAUUCUCCUCAACUACACAUUCCUGAGAGACCUCCUCAUAUCCAUACGCACCUCAAUCGACGUUAUCCCUACGAUAUCCCUCGCGCAGUGAUACCAGGAAACCCUGUGAGUCAGGAUACUGCGGCGCAAGCCGUACGUAGCACCGCCUACGAUCUUGUUAUCUUGUUCCACCUCAACGACGUUGCCCAACGUUCCACAUUCCUCUCCCUUCUGUUUGCCGGACCAAAACAGAGACACCAAUCCAUACAUAACACCACAACGCGGCCCAUCAUGGACCGGCCAAGCACCCCGUCUCGUUAUCCCGAAUACCACCUCCCCGCCUAUGACGACCACGACCACAACGACUCUACACCAAACGGCCAAUCGUCCAACCCGGCUGCCAUUCGAUUGUUAACUUCGGUGGAGGAGGAUCAUUUGGACAAUCGACCGGAAUAUUCCGGCCACCGCCGAUCGUACCAGCCGUCCAUCAUGUCGGAUCACUCUCGCUUCUCGGACCGGCACUCGGGAAUCACCGAUCCGCCGAGCAUCCCCCCUCCAGACUCUACUUAUGUUCCUUUCCAGGGUCGAGGUACCGCCGGAUCACCGCCGCGCCCAUGGAGCCGCAUGUCCAGCGACUACGGACGCCCACCCCCUGCAGCCAGCAUAUACGAGCCGUCCGACAUCAACGGGAGUCCUAGACCGGGGACCCCGUCAUCGCGAUACGGAGGUAGCCCGAGGCGACCUCUCCCUCCGGCCCCGCUAUUUUCCAACCCCGGAGCUCGCCAUUCGAACACUACCUUCGCCGACGACGUCACGGUUUCCAUCCCCCUGGAUAACGACCCGGACGACGUCUUUGGUCCCGAAACCGACCUUGGGGACAGCCGGCCCAUGAGACACUCGUACCAGUCCCAGGACACCCUGGGCGACGGGGGCGAGCCCGAGGAGGCCGGGGAGAAGGUCCACCAGCACUACGGCCCAGCGCCGGACGGCAAGCAGGAGCGCCGUGGCGUCAGGGCGCCGCAGAUGUCGAGGAGAGAAGUGCAGCUGAUCAACGGCGAGCUGGUGCUCGAGUGCAAGAUCCCGACCAUUCUCUACAGCUUCCUGCCCCGGCGCGACGAGGUCGAGUUCACGCACAUGCGGUACACGGCCGUCACCUGCGACCCCGACGACUUCGUCGACCGCGGGUACAAGCUCAGACAAAGCAUCGGGCGCACGGCGCGCGAGACGGAGCUUUUCAUCUGCGUCACCAUGUACAACGAGGACGAGGUCAACUUCACGCGCACCAUGUACGCGGUGAUGAAGAACAUCAGCCACUUCUGCAGCCGCACCAAGUCGCGCACGUGGGGCGAGCUGGGCUGGCAGAAGAUUGUGGUGUGCAUCGUGUCGGACGGCCGCGAGAAGAUCCACCCGCGCACGCUGGACGCGCUGGCGGCCAUGGGCGUGUACCAGGACGGCAUCGCGAAGAACUACGUCAACCAGAAGGCGGUGCAGGCGCACGUGUACGAGUACACGACGCAGGUGUCGCUGGACUCGGACCUCAAGUUCAAGGGCGCCGAGAAGGGCAUCGUCCCGUGCCAGAUCAUCUUCUGCCUCAAGGAGAAGAACCAGCGCAAGCUCAACUCGCACCGCUGGUUCUUCAACGCCUUUGGCAAGGCCCUCAACCCCAACGUGUGCAUCCUGCUCGACGUCGGCACGCGGCCCGGCACCACGUCGCUGUACCACCUGUGGAAGGCCUUCGACACCGACUCGAACGUGGCGGGCGCCUGCGGCGAGAUCAAGGCGAUGAAAGGAAAAUGCCUGGAUCCGGACACGAUCGUCCGCACUGCCCAAGGCCCCAAGGCCAUCCGAGACAUCGCUGUAGGGGACCGGCUCUUCGACCACCAGGACAACCCCGUGCAAUGCCUGGCUGCUGGGGCCAUUCAGACCUCGUCCCAUAUGAAGAAGGUCAUAUACACGGAGUGGAACGCCUCGAACAAGAUGUCCUUUACCUGUACACCGGACCAUAUCAUGACACUGGUGGCUCACAGCGUGAAGCCCUGCCUCCAUUCCCAAGGUCUCGGUGUCAUGUGGUAUACGCGCUGCGAGCGGACGGAGCUCAAGAAGGAGGAGCGAGACUCUGACGAUAUCAUCAUCGACCUCGACGCCUACCGCAACAGGAAGCUUGGAUCUAUCACCCUUUCGUCGCCCACUCGCGCCUCGGAUGCGACAUAUCGCCAGACUCCCGAGCCUGCGCCCUCGUCUCCCCUCAAAGCGUCCCAGGCCUCAUCCCAUAAGUCUGCGGUCGUUGAAGACGACCAUAUGGGGACGUUUCAGGCCGUUCGGGACCAGCUCUCCAAGCGCCAUGGCAACAGGACGUGCCAAAAUCCGAACUGCAAGGGGAUUCGGCCAGUCAGUAUCGAGUUCAAGACAAGAGAGCAAGCCAAGCUCGCUCAUGAGCUGCUGGCUGGGGAUCAGUCUCGAAUUGUCGACCCCUGUGCCGUCAAGGAUAUGGAGCUAUUCACGAUGACGAUGAAUGAGUAUCUGGCGUCUUGCACGGCUUCCACGCCCCAGGAGAACAGGAAGCUGAGCCUAUAUCGGGCCCCUCUGAGGUUCCAGCCGUACCAAGGGCCGCAAGCCUCUGUCCCUAUCGACCCUUACUGGCUCGGGUUCUGGCUCGGUGAUGGGAUGGGGAAAAAUACCGACAUCGGCACCACGGACCUGGAGCUCAAAGUCUACGUCCAGGCAUACGUCGACCGCCUGAACAGUACUAGGCCGGAGGGAGCUGCACCCUUGCAUGUUGCCGAGUGCCUCCAGACGGCGGCAGCGGGCUCGACCACCAGCACCCACGGCCGGACGACUACGGGUAUGAAGGACUGCUUCAUUUUCAGCAUCGAUUCCGCCACUAGCAAACCGAACGAGACCUGGAAUCCUGUCCGCGCAGGCUUGGAAGACCUUGGCCUGCUCGGUGACAAGGCCCGUGGCAUUCCCGACUGCUACAUGAACGCCAACGAGGAUACACGGCUAGCUGUUCUCGCAGGCCUCGUGGAAUCCGACGGAUGGCUACAGGCUCGCACGGCGGUAUACGGCUUCGCACAGACUACCUACCAGCACAAGAAGAUCGUAGAGGACGCCCACAAGUUGGCUACCUCCUGCGGGAUCCAUUGCUCGGACGUGGAAGAGUACCUUGAGCCCGGGCAUCGUGAGCCCACAUGGCGAUUCUACAUGGGUAAGGGGACGGAGAAGUUUCAGCAUCACCUCCUGCUCCCCCGCAAGCGGCUGGAUCUAUCCUCGCUUAUACGACACGACCGCGACGUACGGGCCUUCGACGUCGAGGAGGCCGGCGAGGGCGAAUACCGCACCAUCGAGGUCUCAGGGGGCUUCUAUCAACUCGCAGAUCGCACGGUGGUCCACAAUUGCGGGAAGAACCUCCUGAACCCGCUGGUGGCGUCGCAGAACUUUGAGUACAAGAUGUCGAACAUCCUCGACAAGCCGCUGGAGUCGGUGUUUGGGUACAUCACCGUGUUGCCGGGGGCGCUGAGCGCGUACCGGUUCCACGCGCUGCAGAAUGACGAGACGGGCCACGGUCCGUUGAGCCAGUACUUCAAGGGAGAGACGCUGCAUGGGCAGCAUGCGGAUGUUUUUACUGCCAACAUGUACCUCGCCGAGGAUCGUAUCCUGUGCUGGGAGCUGGUGGCCAAGAGGGGGGACAGGUGGGUGUUGAAGUAUGUCAAGGGAUGUACGGGCGAGACGGACGUGCCUGACUCUGUCCCCGAGUUCAUCUCGCAACGUCGUCGCUGGCUCAACGGAGCCUUCUUCGCGGCCGUCUACUCGCUUGUCCACUUCAAGCAGAUCUGGGUGACGGAUCACACGCUGUGGCGCAAGUUUCUCCUCCACGUCGAGUUUUUCUACCAGUUCCUGCAGGUGCUCUUCACCUUCUUCUCGCUCGCCAAUUUUUACCUGACCUUCUACUUCGUGGCGGGCGGUCUCGCCGACCCGCGCAUCGACCCCUUCGGACACGGCAUCGGACAGCACAUCUUCACGAUCCUGCGGUACGCGUGCGCGCUGCUCAUCGCCACGCAGUUCAUCCUGUCGCUGGGCAACCGGCCGCAGGGCGCGAGCCGGCUGUAUCUGACGUCGAUGAUCAUCUUCACGGUCAUCAUGAUCUACACGUCGUUCGCGACGGUGUGGAUCGUGGUGUGGCAGCUGACCAGGGGCGACGCCGACGUGGCGAUGGGCAACAACGUGUUCACGAACCUGAUCGUGUCGGUGCUGUCGACGGUCGGGCUGUACAUCGUCAUGUCGCUGAUGUACCUGGAGCCGUGGCACCUGAUCACGUCGUCGGCGCAGUACUUCAUGCUGCUGCCGUUCAGCAUCUGCACGCUGCAGGUGUACGCGUUCUGCAACACGCACGACGUGACGUGGGGCACCAAGGGCGACAACGUGAUGAGGACGGACCUGGGCGGCGCGGUGGGCCGGCAGGGGUCGUCGACGGUGGAGCUGGAGAUCCCGUCGGAGCAGCUGGACAUCGACUCGGGGUACGACGAGGCGCUGCGGAACCUGCGCGACCGGGUCGAGGUGGCGGCUCCCUCGGCCAGCGAGGCGCAGAUGCAGGAGGACUACUACCGCAGCGUGCGGACGUACGUGGUGGUCAGCUGGAUGAUCGCCAACGGCAUCCUGGCCAUGGCGGUGUCGGAGGCGUACUCGCAGACGGGCAUCGGCGAGAACUACUACCUGCGGUUCAUCCUCUGGUCGGUGGCGUCGCUGGCGCUGUUCCGCGCCCUGGGCAGCACGGCGUUUGCGGUCAUCAACGUGGUCAACAUGGCGGUCGAGGGGCGGAUGCGCAUGCGGCUCAAGACGCCCAAGUGGAUGGGCGGGUGGGGGGACAAGGUGUCGAGCAAGGUGAGCGAGAAGAUGAGCAGUAUCGGCAGUAGUGUGGGGAGCAGUCUGGGACGGUGAUUUGUGUUUGGUCUGGGGAUGUAUUUUGUUUGCUCUUUGGGAUCUGGUGUUGUGGUUGACCAUGAGGCGUCUGUUGAUCUGUUUGGUCUGUGAUCCGCAUAUGCGUACUCUACAUGGGCCUUUUGGAGGAGAGGAAGCUGUUCAGAUGAGAUGAGAUGACCGAUGACCGUCAUGCCUGUGUUGUUGA